AAACGCAAUUUCCCAAUGUGCACCGGGGCAAAUGGGUGCGGUGCACACGCGCGGACUCGUCACACGGUCACGCGCACGUCAGAGACUUUUUCCGAGUGGGUUUUCUCUCGCUCUGUCUUCUUGUCCUUCUGCUGCUACGCUCCUUCUCUCUCCUCCUGCUCCCAAACUCCUAUCUCGAGUCACCUAGAGCUCUGCGGUUUUCUCCUCACCGUCGUUUCAUCUUUCAUCACUGUCAAUAUGGCCUCUAUAAGACCCAGUGGAAACUUCAACUCCAGCGAAGAUGCUGAGGCCCUGCGUAAGGCCAUGAGAGGCCUGGGAACUGAUGAGGACGCCAUCUUGGCGCUGCUGACGGCCCGCAGCAACGCCCAGAGACAGGAGAUCAAGACCGCCUACAAGACCCUGUUUGGAAAGGAUCUUAUCAGUGACCUGAAGGGGGAGCUGGGCGGCAAGUUUGAGACCCUUAUUGUUGCUUUGAUGACCCCACCCCUGGAAUAUGAUGUGUCAUCACUGCGCAAUGCAAUUAAGGGGGCAGGGACGGACGAGAAGGUGCUGGUGCAGAUCCUUGCAUCCAGAACCCCAGACCAAGUGAGGCAAAUUGUGGCUGCGUACAGAAAGGAGUAUGACGACGAUCUGGAGGAGGACAUUUGUGGUGACACCUCAGGUCACUUCAAGAGACUUCUGGUUGUUCUGCUGCAGGCGAACAGGCAGAGGGGGAUCCAGGAGUCAGAGAUAGAGAAUGACGCUCAGGUUCUCUUCCAGGCCGGAGAGAAGAAGUUUGGCACAGAUGAACAAAUGUUCGUCACCAUCCUGGGAAACAGAAGCUCUGAGCAUCUAAGGAAAGUGUUUGAUGCCUACAUGAAGCUGUCUGGAUACGAGAUGGAGGAGAGCAUCAAGAGGGAAACCUCCGGAUCCCUGAGGGACCUCCUGCUGGCCGUGGUCAAGUGCGCCCGGAGUGUUCCCACAUACUUUGCAGAGACUCUGUAUUACUCCAUGAAGCAGGGCAUGGGUACUGACGACGACACCCUGAUCAGAGUGAUGGUGACGCGAAGUGAGGUGGACAUGAUGGAUAUCAGGGGUUUAUUCAGGAAGUUGUUUGGCACUUCCCUGCAUAAAAUGAUCAAGGGAGACACCAGCGGUGACUACCGUAAAGCCUUGCUGUUGCUCUGUGGUGGAGAUGACGCGUAACCAUGGGAACAAGCUCAUCACAGCCCAACGGGCCUUUUAAACUAUCAUUUCAAAAUUGUUAUCUUUUGAAGGAAGCUAACAUUUUGUUUAUGUCCUCAUUAAUGCAGCUUUUGGUUGACUAAUUUUCUUUGUUAUCAUUUAUCCUUUCAGCGUAACCUCAAUGCAUUCUGUGUUUUGUUAAACAACGGAACUAAUUUUCACAAUAAAACAUUUCAUUUAUGAAGUU